CUCCUUCUGGGAUCGGCGUCCUUUUCCCGCAAACUGGUGUUGCAAGAAAUGGGCGUCCACUUUCACGUGUGCGCCCGUCCGAUUGACGAAAAGAGUCUCGGUGACCGGACCCGGGACGCCCCGCACGUUUUGGUCCGGAACCUCGCCUCGGCCAAAAUGCAGCAUUUGGUGCGCGAAAUACGUGCCGGGAACUGUACGGAUGAUUUACCUGCACCUUUGGGACGGACGGAAUGGAUCGUCUUGACCGGCGAUCAGGUCGUCACGUGUGACGGUGUGAUUUUGGAAAAACCCGAAAGUGUACAGGAAGCCCGGGAUUUUGUCCGUCGGUACGCGUCGAAUCCACCGUCGACCGUGGGAUCCUGUGUACUCACGCAUUUGCCGUCGGGAACACAAGUUUCGGGAAUCGACACGGCGACCGUACAUUUUGAUCCCCGCCUUCCGGACGAUCUGGUGGAUCGGCUUUUGGCCGCCGACGCACCAAUCCUGUCCUGCGCGGGCGGACUCAUGGUGGAACACCCGUUCGUUAAGGAACAUAUUGUGCGGAUUGACGGGACCGAGGACAGUGUCAUGGGCCUGAGUAAAGAUCUCGUUCUACGACUACUGGAUGAGCUC